CCGUAACCAAGUAGCUCUCACCUGUACCUCACUUCAUAUCGUCCGUGACAUUUAAUGGUCUAACCCGGACCGUUAAUGCUUUCUGUCUCGUAACGCGAGCGCUCAGCUUCAGACCCGACAGCCAUCUCAACGGGAACCACGUACACACCCGACACCCUUCUUCCCUACGACCUCGUUUCCUUCCGUGACCUUCUCCCGGUUUUUGGGAUUUCCUCAGGGCUGUGCUCAUCCUUACGCGCCCUUCUCGACUGUACACCUAACACACUCGCCGAGCACUCCACCCGGCUUUCUCAGCAGCUCCUGGAGGUUGGCCGCCCCAACGUUGUCUACCUGGUUGUGGAAUCCCGAUUCUACAGGGUACAACCAGACAAGCGAGCAGCAGUUCAACCGUGGCGAUUCCUGGACUCUGACAAGAGACUCGAGUAUUGUUAUGGCAGAGCAGAGCGGCCGCGAUGUGGUAGAUCAGACCCUGUCGGGCGGCGAGCUUUCGCCUUCCGGCGUUCCUGCGAGCAUUAACGAUAAAUCAUCUGCUGGAGGGGACGUGGGGGAGACUCAACAUAUCACAUCGACAUUGACAACACAAGUAUUGACCGACCCACAAAUCGACAAGGCGAGACAGGCGCUUGGUUCUCACGUGGAGGAGACGGGCAACGAUAAGGAUGCCGGGGGCUCUGCGAUGGAUUCCUCAAAGCAUGGUACCGGUCUGGUUGCUUCCAGAGCGCUUGAACUAAACGGACUUGGAUCGGCAUCCGAUGGCGGGGAUGACACAGCUUCACUGGGUGGUUCGGAGUCAGAUGCCAGUCGGACGGAUGGUAGACACCAUACUCGGACUGGCUCUGUCAAGAAGCCUACUGCUUUUAAGCCCGUGUCUUUUGCUAAAUUUGCUGUUCCCAAGGCCCCGGGAGCUACUGCGGCACCAAAGGUACCGGAGAAAGUUCCGUCUGCCUCUACCACCCCUCUUGGUACCCCUCAACCCAGUUCAAGACCACGCUUGGUCGCAAAGACCACCGCUGGCAUGCGCGAUUCUUUCUCAAAGACCGGUGCAGGUGGUGGAAAGCCUGGGGCGUCAGGGCCGGAUCCUAACCAAGUUUGGAAUAAGAAUCGGCCGGUCCAGCCAAUCCCGCCAAAGCAGUUGACCGACGAAGAGCUGAAACAGCAAUAUGGCAUUCAUAUGACAUCUCGCAUUCAGGAGGAUGGGGGUGGCACGGAGGCGAAAUGGGCAGAUAUUGAUGAUGAUGAGGACGACUGGGCUCCUGAGACCAUCGAGUGGACCGACGGAACGAAAGUCACUCUCACGCAUACCGAUCACCCCCCACCUGCUACAGACCACACCUUGGAAGAGGCGAAGGAUGCGGUUCCGCUCCCUGAGCAGACCGUCGCUACAGACUCUAUCAAGAUCGUUGCUCCGAAGCCAACAACGUCCGUGGGACCUAAUCCUACAGUGCUUAGGCUUGGGGCCAAUGCCGAGCGACAGGCCAAGGCUGCGAGUAUCUCGUCUAAGGGAACAAAUGAUCGUGCGCCAUCUGGGUCUACAAGUCCGGCUCCUCCACCAGCUAAAUCACCCUGGGCCCCUUUGCCACCUGUCGAACGAGUAUCUCCCGUCAAUCCACCGGCUCACGUAUCUCAACAGCCCCGCGGCCCCGGUCCCUUCAGUCACCCGGCUCGAGACGACGUUCGACAUGCUCCAUUCCCUCCUCAAGAGAUUGCUGCGGACGAUUUCAACCGUACAUGGAGAGAGACUACACCCGGCGCACCUCGGGAGCUAUACAACUCUCGUUCUGGUCGAUACGAGCCCGUACAGGACAACCGUAGAGGAUCAUGGCGACAUGAUCAAGGCCCUCGUCCUCCAGCUGUUCUGCAACGGCCUAAUCAGGCAGAGCCUGGUGGUCCCGCCGAGCCAUCUGCUGCAUUCCAGACCCAUCGGUCUAGCCACCAGGAGGGUACGGGCUGGAACCGACGUCGCACAUCAUCCAAUGUCAGUGGAGGUAGUGGAGGAUUUGGUCGCCGUAUGUCUUUUGGUCGAACGGAUGCACCGCCAAGAUAUAUGGAGGGUCGACGGGGAUCCCAAACUAAUGGUAUGGGUGACCCGGCAUUGAUGGAACGUGACCAUGGACCCCAUGGGGAACCCCACACUGUGGCUGGAUGGGGUGGACAGGCACCGAGGAGUGCUAGUGUUGCCUCAUCGGUAGAGCCACCACAGGCUGCCUCAGUUCCAAUGACUGAGGCACCGCAAGAAGAUCCAGUGGUGCUGCAGGAACGUAUCAUGAAGGAUGCCCGUGCUCAAGCUCGACAGCGGCGAUUGGAGCAGGAAGAGAAAGAUAGGCUGGAAAGGGAAGAAAGAAUCAAGAAGAAGCUCGCUGCCUUGGGACCGCCGCCUGAGAAGGCCAGGCCACCACCUGAGAAGUCGCUGCCUCAUCGCAAAGAAGCUGCCGAAGUGCACAUAAAUACCCCCUCCUCACCUGCGCCAGCCAUCCUUCACUCUCCUCCCAAACCUCCCGUCCCCGAACCUUCUGGCGAACCCAAACAGUACGGUCUCAUGAAAGUUCACCAUCCCGACUCGGUCAAGAAACUUGUCGCAGUGAACGAACGUGAUCGUGCUACUGAGAAACACCCAGAGAAACCUACCUCACCUCACACUCGUCGCGUACCUCUUUCACCUCGUGACCAGAAACGAGAGCUGCCAACUGCCCCCACCACUGCCAAACAGCCAUCCUCCGAGACGCAUCCCACGGAUGUAAAGGCUGAUGAGCACGGCCCUGACUGGCGUGGAAAUUUGAACACUCCCAGCUCAUACCCUCCCUGGUCAUCCAACACCAACCUUGCCUCCAAUCCUGCUUCAGUCAAGAAUCCUUGGUCUCUCUUGAACAGCGACAGAACCCUCGGAAACGGGAUCUUUGACCAGAGUCUUGGUGCUUUCCCAUCCCGAGAAAUUCCCCUUCGGAGCCAGUUCGGUAUGGAUCAACCUACCAUGCCCCCCCAGGCCUUUUCCGGUCCGCAGGAACCGGCCCCGGUCUCCCCGCUGCCCUCUCCUGAAACCAGACAUGCACGCUUUGGUCCUUUGAACCCCAUCGGCCGUCCUGGCCCGAUUGGCCCCCCCUCGCAGAAGCAUCAAUGGCAGCGUGAUGCUCGUUCCGUGCCGUGGGCUCAAUACGGCAGUAUUGCUGAGCAUGAUCGUGCAGUGCAGGAACAAGCCCGCGAAGCCUUCAAGGCCAACCGGGGGAAGCCCAACCCCCAUUUGGCCAACAUCAAGGAAACUUGGAAGCCCCUGCGAGGUGUUCCGGACGAGACUGCCAAGAAAGCCGUCAUUGACAUCACCCCUGGAACUGUGGACAAUUCCAACAACGGUCCUGCUCCCGCCAACCCGCUGACCGGACUCGAUGCCCCUGCAGAUGGUCUUGCGUUUACCGAGAGCCCUGCUCGUCCCAUUGCCAGCGUCCCCGCUCGCAGCUCGCGCUUCUUCCCACAGGCUAGUGAACAGUCAAAGCGUGUAUCAACUGAGAAGCACGACCACCAGCGCAGCCCAUCGCCUCCUCCUCCAGAGGAUGGCUGGAGCCAUCCCGUGUACGGUGGCAGCUCCGGCCGGCCCCUGGUUCAUCUCCCAAACCCAAAGCCCGUGGUCAAACUCCCCCCUAAGGCUCUGGCUGUCUCUGCUGCCCCAGCCGCCGCGGCCGCCCCGCCGACCUUUGCCUCUAUGGCUGCUGCUAGUCCUGCACGGGGUCAGGCUGCCCCUGCGUCAACUGCUAUCUCUUGGCAGGAGAAGAUCAAUGGUCUCCUCGGUAAGAAGACCCCCGUGGAGAAGAAGUCCGCUCUGGCUAUUACCUCCGCAACCAAGGAACCUCUGGAUGUCACGCUGCCCGUUGCAGCUGUUUCCGUUUCCUUGCCCAACAUUGAGAGUGAUGCGCAGAUUCGCGACGGCCACGUUGCUGUCCGACAAGUUGAAGAACAGGAUGAGAUUUUCGAAGACCGUGAGCCUGGCUCUUUGCCCAGCGUGCGAGUCCCCAACAUGGCUCCCGCAAACGCAUGGCAGGCCGCUCCCGCUCCUCCAUUAUCUCGUCAGCGUGCCAAGGUUCUCAAGCCGAUGCAAGUUCACAGCAUUGAGACCUACUCGGUUGGACUCGGCGAGAAGGACGCCGCGGGUAAUACCUGUGUUGUGGUUCAGCUUCCCGGCACUGCUACGGCCAAAACCAUGAGUAUGCCCAAGAAAGCUGGCGGCCCUACUACCCCGCGUCAACAGCAGCAGCAGCAGCAGCAGCAGCGCAGCGGCGCUUCCAGCUUCAACAAGUCCCGCAAGGGACCAAAGCCGCGCGAAGCUUCCGGCAACAAUGGGCCCAAGAAGCCCUCCAGUUCCUCCCAGCAGCAGUCUCGCACCGGAUCCUGGGGCACCAGCACUUAGUAGGUGCGCUGCCUCUUCAUCCUCGCGAAAUUUGUCAGCAGGGACGGUCUACGUGCAGCCGUCACGUUUCAGUUUCGGAUUAUACCAGACAGCUGGUUUGUUUUGCUUCGUGGUUUCUCGCUCGACCCGCACCUAAUCCUCUCACACCCCGGUGUCUACUGCUCUCUGCUUCCGUUUGUCUCCACAAAGAGCAAUGGUGCUACAAAGCAGUCAAGUCAGUAACACCAAUUCCUCCCCCCUUAUCUUUCAUCCGCCCUCCCCAUCCAAUUUCUCAGAAUCCGUUCAUUCCCUGUUAGCUGCGGGUAACGUUUGCCUUAGCCUCACGUCCAAUGAAAUUUCAAUUUCAAUAUGCCUUCUUCUCUGUGUAUGCUUUGCGUUUAAGCUGAAUGCGUCUACGUCAUGGGGCAUGGAUUGUAAAUUUAAUGUAUCAUGUAAACUACUAUAUCCAUAUUAUGUAGUUUGGAG